GAAUUGUGCUGGUGCGAGGUAGAGGAGCUAGCGAGCGUCGUGGGUAGGACUAGCUGGUAAUGGCAACUCUGCUUCUCCAUAUUACAGUUAUCCAUCCGUCCAUUCGUAUUAUCCUCAUAUGAUUGAUUAUUAUACUUGCUCCUGCGACAAUCCUAUCUGAUACCUCUUUUCUUCUCUCUUUCUUUUCUUUUGCAAGGCCCUCCCGAAUCGCAGCCUGCUUGCCCAUUCCACGCGGUGGGGGAGGAUUUCACACAUUCAAUUCGCAUUCAAUUCAGAUUCCAUUCACUCCUACCGCUCUUCACACACUCUUUUUAUGACUGAUACUACCGGGACGACUCUCCCUACCACACACUCACACACUCUCACACUCACACGCUUCCUCUCUCCCCUACAUCGCUACAGUACGGACGAGUCGACUGGACGUUCCAUAUAAACCACAUCUUUUCAACACAUCCACAUUGACUUCAGACCGUAUUCUCCAAAUUCAAUCCCUCCCUUUUUUCUGUAUCAUUUGAGAAAAAGCAAAGAGAAUUGCCCUACAUUUCACAUUGCAAUUUCACGCCUUCGAUUUAUUCCCAAAAUUACUUUGCAAUUCAUUUCUUCCAAACCUCGAAAAAGAAAGAACUUCUCUUUCUGAAAUUUCUAGUGUUUAUUAUUUACCCUCUACGAUAUUGGUGUUUUGGUGCACUUCACCCCCCAACCCAUUCCUUCUACAAGAUCCUCUCCACACCACCACCACCACCUCCACCACCACACUCACUCACCACUACCUACCACACCAUCUCUACUUUCAACCACAUCCAUUACCCCCAAAGACAAUAGUAAAACUUCCGCGUGGCAUGGAAUACUUACGACACUCAUGAGGUUCUUGACGAUUACGAUAUUUCCUCCAUUACUUCUUUCUCCGUCUUGGUAGUGGUGUAAGCAAUACAAGUGAAAGAUGAAGACCAUUCCCAGUCUUGUUGCUUCAAGUACCGUCGGUGUCGCAGCUGCUGGCCUGGCAUUGGGAAGUCCAGACCAGUCGACUCCUCCCUCCCGCACACUUUCGAAAAGAAGGAAACCUGAACAUAUCAUCACAGAUGUCGAGAAUUCUUCUAGUCUAGGUACACCGUCUAUCGUCUCACGCCCCCCUACGAGUUCUACCAUGGCUACUCCAGAAAGUCGCAAUCCCUCUGAUGCAACCAGUUCUUCAUCUGCCCCGGGCUCCCAAACUCUCACUACAUUCCUUCGACGUUCUUCGAACGCAAAACUCGAUUCUCCCACUGCAUCGCAAAACGGCGCGGCGCGAAGAUGGUCACUACUUCGAUCGGGUGAAGGACAAAAUGAUGUUUCGGGGGAGGAAGUGGUUAGGGAUUCUUCGUCGUCUCGCAGUUCCUGGAUUCGGAAAUUGUCUCUGCCAAUAUCGGGAAAUAGCAGUCCUAGAUCAAGUAUAGCACCAGAAUCGCCUUCUCUCGCGCUCUCCCAUGACUCUGCGACACCCAUAUUGUCAACCCCUCGCGAUAGUCCCACACAAUUACCUCCGAACAAACUGGUCAAGAGGCACACAUCGCAGAGAUAUCGUAGGGAACCAGACUCGAGUGGAUCAAGAGCGCAGGUACCGACCUUACGGAGACCAGCUACCAGUCAUCAACGUUCGGUUACGCUGCAGCAACGAUUCAUCGAUGAUUCUCCAGGUACAGAAACGCAAGCGCGUCCCACUGCCCCAAGGCGGUCAACAGUAUCCACACAUGCUGCACCCGUAAAGAAAUCUAGUGAAUCACCUCGCAGCUCAUGGCGUAUGUAUUUCAACUCCCGACCAACCAAAUUUUUCAAAGAAAGAUCCGCCGGCAGAUCAGGGGAUGGAAGUGUGCAUAAUUUUUUCUGGACCUCAAAGCGGGUGAUGCCAGAUCAUACCGUUAGACCGACUUUGGUCAAACCACAUUUAAUCACUGUUUCGACUGAAGAAAUGGAAGGAUAUUACGACGAGGGAGGGCUUCUCUGUGACGGACCAAUUGACCAAGAUACAAUGGAAGACAUCCCCAGCUCGCCUCUGGAUGAAGACGAUUCGGAAGAUGAGAAGCCUCUAAGGCGGUCACUGUCUAUGCACUUCGAUUCACCGACCACAUGGAUACCUCGGACAGGAAGCUUAAGGAAUAAAAAACGGAAUUCAGAAUCUACGCUGCGUGCUAGGCGUCAUGUAUCUGCGCCUCUACCAUUGGAUACAAGAAGGAUAUCGAUUUCUGCAAGUGGACCUUCCCCACAUCACUCUCGACCAUUCAUGGAUCAAUUGGUAUUCCAGAGAGAGCCUCGCUCUCCUACCGAAGACUUCUCCCCGGUGUCACCAACGGAUCCCUUUACCCAUCUCAAUUACGUUCCUCGAAGGAAUACAUCAUCUCCAUUGCCACCUCUCAACCGACUAUCAACAUUCAACCUCGAUUUAGCUCGUUUGGGCUUGUCAUCGCCCUCCUCGUCGGCCCCCCUUCGAAGUCCCAGUUCACCUCUACCAAUGUCUAGUACUGCUGCGACUUCUUUUUCUUCUACAAUUCCUGGGUCAACAAAUGGUUCAUUGUCAUAUAAUGCUACAUUGAGUUCGAAACAUGGCAUGUCAGAAGUGGGAGACAGAGCUUCGACGUUAAUUGGUUCAGAUAAUGAGAUGAGAGGAUUUGCAUCUGGCGAAGAUGAAGAUUUGGAUUUCCAAAGUGAAACCGUGUACGAUUCACUGAGGUCGGGGGCCACGAGCAGUUUGCGAUCACAGAAUACGCCCCUUGACUCGAUGUUUGACGAGUCCCCUCCAAAUAUCGCAAACGCCAACGUACAUGCAAAGGCCAAGAGGCUUUCAAUUCACGAUCUGAUGGCGAAUGGCGCCUUUGGUGAAAUUGAACAUCGUAUUGUUGAGGAGGAUGAAGGUCAAUCAACACCAGUAAAGCUUCUCAGUACUUCUUCUGAAGUCGCCAAAUCGACUUAUGCUGUAGAUGCAGAGGAAAUCAUCCCUUCAUCGCCACCAAGCUUUUGUAUCGCUUCAAAAGAUUUUGCCACACUGAACUUGGACAACGAUGAAGAAGAUGAAGACUGGACUCGAGAUGAAGAGAACGAAAAUAUGGAAGCGGGAAAUCCACUGUCACCGCCAAAUAGCUUGAAUAGCCGUCGGGUCAGUCCAAUAAACAGAGGAACCCCUGCGGGUGUUACCCUUAGCGGUUCCACAAACGGUAAUCAUUAUGCUGAACGACCCAAGAGCAAUUUAUUUGAUUGGUCUGAACCAUCUACAUCGGAGAAAGAUCUACUUGGAAGUUCCGCUCGACCUAGGACAGCACAUGUCAAACAACUUGCCCUGAAUGGACGAGGUGGGCGAACUGUCGGACGAAAAGGUCCCACCCCAUUGCACAUCCGAAGUCAAAGUGUUCCCCUAGUUCCCGAUCUCAAUCACCAACGUGAGCACACAAAGCUGACACCAAAAUUUGGGACUUGGGGUUUGGGCGCGAAAGGCGUCAGUGAGGACUGGGAUAACGAUUUUGACUUCGAGACUAAUGAUGAAGCUGGUCUUGAGAAUGGUAAUCUCAAGAUUGAGACCGGUGUAAUGCUUGUCCCUCUCGCAAUUCAAGCCAGCCAAGCAAACGUUGUUGGCCACGUUGGACAGAUUCGAGAAGUGUGCUUGCUAGUCGAAGAUCUCAAGAGGUUGCGUCUUUUGGCCCGGGAAAAGAACUUGAUACAUGGGCCUUCGGCACAAUUGUGGAAGGAAGCUGAAGGCAUUAUUGCUUUGGCUGUGCCGGAUGAAGAAGAUCCUACUCUAUCGCCCCCCCAGUCUCCUGCAUCUAUUUCUUUCGACCAAGACUUUGGUGACAAGUUCAUCGACCGUGGCCCUGAUGCUGAAGAUGUCGCUACUCCAGAUGUGCCGAUGGAAGUCUUGGAUCGUUUUGGGAAACCCUCCGGCUAUGUUUAUGAUGGUAACACUGUUCGACGACGUUCAGUAUUCUCGCCUGAAGAUGAUAUCUUUGGAGCUGGAGCUGUCAUUCAUAACCCUCCCACCAGAGAUAGUCUACGUCCUCCAUCAGUUCCUGUCCGUUCUUCGAGUGCGAGAACCGCGGCUGAAGUUGCUCGUACAGUCAUGGAGACCAUGCAUCAGCACCGUUCCACUUCAGAUCCUUGGUUAUCAGAGGUGGUUGAGCAAUCUCCAAACAAAAUGCCGUUCGACACGACCAGUCUACGCGACUUAGUCCACCGUGCUUCUGUUUUGAGUCGAAAAUUGGCCGACAUCAUCCGUGAAACUGAUGGUACUAUUCAAAGCCCAGUUUGUACGCCUCAUCGCGAGUCAAGCCCGGCAUUCACUCGCGUUUUCACUGACCCAAUGUCAUCACCUGCUUCAAAACGCCUUCCCCGAAGUCAUAGCAACAACUCUAUGCUCAGUGGCUCAAUGAAUUCCUCGCCAACAAGAAGCUUGGGCCAAAGAAUGCACAUGAUGACUGUUGUAUAACAAACUACCAUUCUCAUCACACAACAGGGGCGUUUCACAUUGAGAAUUUAUUCUCGCCGACACGAAUUCUUGUACAUACGCGGGUCGAUUAAUAAUGGCCGUAAUUUCAUUUCUGCAUAGCGACGGGUUCCAGCUGCCAUAAAACGUUCCGUUAUUGCCUUUUUUCCUUGUUACUCACAUGCAUCUCCUGGAUCUUUUUGCCAACCAGGGAAUGCUUCUUCUAAUGGCACAAGCCUUUCAUACGAUUGCAUUCAUCACUUAAUCAGCAUAUGUCAUUUUAGCACGAAUGCAUUGAAGAGAUCAAUUCCGACGACGGACCGAAAAUCAUAAUGUUUUUCUUUUACUUUUACUUUUUCCUGGAUUUCCGAAUGUAUCGACGGGUUCUUUCAAACGACGUACACGACAAGUACAAAAUUCACAUGGGCCUCGGGAGAUGGGAACAAAUUCUCAUUCCUUCUCGGGCCUUUUCUUGAUACUCUUACCAUUUCACAUCAACCUCUAAUUUCAGGCGGUAGACAUCAAACCGACACCAAAUAGUGCACGUUUGACGGCGUUAAGGAUACAGAUAAGAGAUUCUGUGACCCUGUAUGAACAUAUUAUAUCAGUGUACGAAAUAAUUUGGGAGAUCAGACGAGAUGAUAAGAGUUGGGUGGCUCUUUCUGAAGCGGGCUUUGUUUGAGUCAAUUCUUUUUUCUUGCUUCUUUACUUUAUCUUUUUUGUUGCGAGGGAUUUGUAUGGAUGAUUGCAAAGCAUCAAUGGUUACGGUUCUUAUUUGAUUGAGAAAGGCGUCAAAAGCGGGGGAGCUGGGGUUUUUUGUUAAAUUUUCUACUGUGAGAUUGGAAAGGAAUUGGAGAGGGUAUGGAUGGGCGUUGAAGAUUGAAUCGGGAUCAGAGAGUGGGUACUGGAUAGCAAAGUAGGCAUUAAGAUGAUGGCCAAGAUGGAUUGGACAUAGGUAUUUGGUAAAUUCCAUGAUGUGUAUAUCUUCCAUGCAUGUUAAGAGUACACGGAGAAAGUAAAGAGACCCCAUGGGAUACACCAAAGGGGAGAGCAACAAAACACGGAGCUGAGAGUACAAAAGGAAUAAGAUAGGAUGAAAACAAAAAUCAAUAUACCAAAGCUUUACAACAGCUUUUCAAAGCUAUUUACAUAUUCAAUUUUACUUGUUGAUUUA